GUCAUUUUAUUAAUACAUAUGUUUACAUAUAUACAUACAGUUUUUCUCACAUAUAUACAUAAAUAUAACCACACACUCAAUUGCAGACAAUCAUUAAUAUCGAAUCACUUAAAAUCCCGAUAUUUUUCUACAACUACUUUAUUCUUAAACCCAAAUAAAUAUCAAGACCUUUGGAAAGAGGAACUAGAUUUGAUUUACAAGAUGCCGAAAUCUAAAGAAUAUCUUUCUAGUGAUGAUUCCAGUGGAUCUAGUCACUCUGAAGACGAAAAGCCAAAAAAGAAGAAGCCAAAGCGUGACGAAAAAAAAGAUAAAGAUGUAAAAGAAGAAAAACCAUCAAAGAAGGCAUCUUCAAGUAAACUUGAAGAAGAAGAACCAACAUGGGAAAUUGGUAACAAGAAACACGUUACUGUUCGUAAAUGGAAAGGAAGAUUGUACAUCGACAUCCGUGAAAUGUAUCUUGAUAAUGAAGGUUCUCUUAAACCUGGUCGCAAAGGAAUUUCUCUAACUCCCGAGAACUACAUGAAGCUUAAAGACAUUAUGGGGGAAGUUGAUGAAGCAGUCAAACUCAAGGCAUAAAUUCCGCCCCCAUCACAAUUAAUAAUUAAAAAUUAUUAUUAAUUACUUCCGUAAUAAUUAAUCUAAUAAUUAAUGUCUACAGUACAAUUAUAAUUGUAUUAAUACAAUUACCUUGAAUAAUUUGUUCAGUAUUUAUUGCCGUCAAUCUGAAUAAUUAUUUUAUCAAUAAAAAUUACAAAUAAAAAACAUU